GGUGCAUCGAUGUUUCCAUCGAAGUUUCGCCACCUCUAGAGCAAAGGAACAACAACAUUUGUGGGCUGCGCGUUGACGAAGUGGAUGUGAAAUUUUUCGUUCGUAGGACAAUUGUUAAUUAUCCACUGGCCGAAUUCGCCCCGCAAUCACGUGUCCCCGUGAAAUGUGAACGGUGUGUAGUUUCUUACCUUGCGCGUUGGCCAAAAUCGAAGUCGGAAUAAAAUUACAACAAAAAACACUAAAUACCCAACAACACGAACGGGCGACAAAGCGACACGCCUCGCGUUGUUGUUGUUGUCGCGUGUGUUUUUUAUUCGGCAGCCACUAUUUAUUUAUUUAUUUCGUCGUUUUAUUUGCGAAAAGCAAGUGCUCUUCAUAAAUCCUAAUAAAUAACAAUUAAAGUGCAGUCGCAUUGGGAAACAAAGAAGAAGAGGAGGAGAUAAAGAAUAUUGAGAGAGGCAGGGAGAGCGAGCGAGAGAGGGGAUAAAAAACGAGACGUUCUCUGGCCUUCUCGCUCCCACCCCCGCGCUUUCUCCACCUCCUCCGCGUCCAGUCUUUUAUCAAAUUUGUUGUUGCUGCUGCCUUAUUCGCUGUUUUUUGUUUUCAUCGUUCUUUUUUCCCGUCUGCGUCAUUUUUCGCGAUUCUCUGAUUGCGUGUGUGUGCUCUCUAGAUUCUCCGAUCGGAAUCCGAUUCACCAGGAGUAAUGUAUCUAUGCUGAAAUACAAAACAUACAAAGUCCAGUUAGCCUUACGUAAUUGUGUGUGUGAUUCGAAGCGACCAAAAUGCAUCUCGAUCCCCAAAAGUAUCUGAGAUUCGCCUGCAACGUGUGCUAAGCUAAGAAGUCGAAGAAAAACGAGUAAGGGCGGCGAAAAGAGUGCGCAGCAGAGUGAGAGGGCAAGAGAGAGUGCAGAGUCGAGCAAAGAGGGAUCCGGAAGAAGGACUCGAUCGGCUAAGCGGAAGCGGAAACGGCAACGGCGAACGGAUACGGAAGCUGGCAAGAUGGCCGCCGCCCACAGCCACCACAAUGCCAAUCUGCUCAGCUCGGACAUCUCCCGCAGAAAUCCGCAGGACGAGUACGAGCUCAUCCAAAAAAUAGGCUCCGGCACUUACGGCGACGUCUACAAGGCGAAACGCAUACAGAGCAAUGAGCUGGCCGCCAUCAAGGUCAUCAAGCUGGAGCCCUCCGACGACAUACAGAUCAUCCAGCAGGAGAUCAUCAUGAUGAGGGACUGCCGCCACCCGAACAUCAUCGCCUACUACGGAUCGUACCUGCGAAGGGACAAGCUCUGGAUCUGCAUGGAGUACUGUGGCGGUGGCAGCCUGCAGGACAUCUACCAGGUCACUGGUCCCCUCACCGAAGUCCAGAUCGCGUACAUGUGCCGGGAGACCCUCAAGGGACUUGAGUACCUGCACUCGAUGGGGAAAAUGCAUCGGGACAUCAAGGGUGCGAAUAUCCUGUUGACCGAGUACGGGGAUGUCAAGCUGGCGGACUUCGGCGUUUCGGCGCAGAUCACGGCCACAAUUAACAAACGCAAGAGCUUCAUAGGCACUCCCUACUGGAUGGCUCCCGAGGUGGCAGCCGUGGAGCGAAAGGGUGGCUAUAACCAACUAUGUGAUAUUUGGGCCUGUGGCAUAACCGCAAUCGAACUGGCUGAACUGCAGCCGCCGAUGUUCGAUCUGCACCCGAUGCGCGCCCUCUUCCUGAUGUCCAAGAGCGGCUUCAAGCCGCCCACCCUGAACAACAAGGACAAGUGGAGCCCCACGUUCCACAACUUCAUCAAGACGGCGCUGACGAAGAACCCCAAGAAACGACCCACCGCCGAGCGCCUGCUGCAGCAUCCCUUCGUCCAGUGCGACAUGUCCUUGCGGGUGGCCAAGGAGCUGCUGCAGAAGUACCAGAGUCCCAACCCGCAGUUCUACUACUAUCUCGAUGGCGAUGAGGAGUCUGUGGCCGGGGUGCCGCAGCGCAUUGCCAGCAAAAUGACGUCACGCACCAAUGGCGUGCCAGCGCAAAAUCACACACUAAAAACAGGAAUGACGACGAACUCCACGUGGAACGAGCGAUCUUCUAGUCCCGAGACGUUACCCAGUGACAUGAGCCUCUUACAAUAUAUUGAUGAGGAGCUGAAGCUAAGAGCGACCUUGCCACUGAACAGCGACACCAAAGACCCACUCGCCGCCGAGUGCAGCUGCUCCUCCCACAACGGAGGGGCCGCCGGAGGAGGAGCUGGAGGAGGAGCAGGCGGGGCAGCAGCGAACGGCAGCAGCAGCGGCGGCAGCGGAGGCGGAGCAGUCGGCACCACCCAUCAUCAGCACCAACAGCACCACCAGCAUCAGCAUACCCACCAUCCGAAUCACCCGCAUCCGCAUCAGCAUCAGCAACAUCAACUGCCGCCGCAGCAGCAACAGCAGCAGCAGCAGCAACAUCAGGCGGCACAGCAGCAACACCAUCACCACCAUCCAAUGACCACGUCCAUAUCAAGCGGUUCGGUGACCGCCAAUGCCAACUGCAUCAACUCGUCCGCCUCGCUGGCCUCCAUGCCGGGCCUGAGUGCCUACCUUGGCAUGGGCCCCCAUGUGGGCGGCCACAUGGCCAUGGGAUUGGGCAUGGGCAUGGGCCUGGGCCUGGGCCUGUCCAAUCUGCGCACCACCAGCAUCGAUGCCGACGACGACGAUGAGCUGGUGGCUGCCGAUGUGGCCAUGAACAAUGCUGCUGCCGCCGUUCCUGGGAACGGAUCCGGGGCUGGCAAUGGUACCGGGUCCGGUUGCUCCGCCUCUGCGGCGCACUAUCUGCGGUACAGCAGCAACUACCGCUCGGCCGCCGCGGCUCAGGCAUCGCAGGCGGCACAUCCGCUGGCCAACGCCAAUGCAAACUCCAAUUCGAAUUCGAACAACGGCCAUGGCCACGCGCCGAUCUCAUCCAGCAUCUCGUCCUCUGCGUCAUCAGCUUCGUUUUAUAAUCGCCUCCUACUCCUCGAUAAUUCCAGCGGCGAUGCAGUCGUCGGCGGCGGCAAUGCAGGUGGCGGCAGCAACAACAGCAGCGGCGGAGGAGGGGCAGGUGGUGCUAGCACCAAUGGCCUCCAGGACAAGCACGACUCGGAAGCCACUGCCCAAGCGGGCGCCAAAUCCGCCGGUGAUGGCUUUUCGCAUUCCAACAGCCCUGCUGUGAAUUCCGGAGCUGGAGCGACGGGCUCGAGGGACAACGAUGGACCCUCGUCGAGCAACUCCUCGCAUCUCUACCAGAACCUGCUGAGGAGCAGCUCCGGUGAGUCGCCAGCGGGAUCUAGCUCGGCGGGCAACAACUGUGAUUACCGGCACGAGAGCAACCAGAAUGGAGUGGAGGACUCGCCCCGGCGCCAUAGCUCCAUGGAUCAGCUGAUUGGGCUGCUCGAGAACCUGGGCAUGUCUUCGAGGACACGCAGCCUGAGCGAUGGCGGCACUCAGGACGAUGACGAAGAGAAGGAGGCGCAACCUGAUCUGCUGAACAACACCCCACCGGUGCCACCGAAGCGCUCCCACAAGCGCCGCCACACGCCCCCUCGCCCCAUUUCCAACGGACUGCCGCCGACUCCCAAGGUGCACAUGGGCGCCUGCUUCUCCAAGAUCUUCAACGGCUGCCCCCUGCGGGUGCACUGCACCGCCUCGUGGAUCCACCCGGAGACGCGGGACCAGCAUCUGCUGAUUGGCGCCGAGGAGGGCAUCUACAACCUCAACAUGAACGAACUGCACGACGCGGCCAUCGAUCAGUUGUUCCCGCGUCGCACCACCUGGCUGUACGUGAUCAAGGAUGUGCUCAUGAGUCUGUCGGGUAAAUCCUGCCAGCUCUACAGGCACGACCUGGUGGCCCUGCACUCCAAGCAGACGGUGCGCUUCUCGCUGCACAUGAACAAGAUACCGGAGCGCUUGGUGCCGCGCAAGUUUGCGCUGACCACCAAGGUGCCCGACACGAAGUGCUGCACACAGUGCUGCGUCACCCGGAAUCCGUACAACGGAUACAAAUACCUCUGCGGGGCGACGCCCAGCGGCAUCUUCCUGAUGCAGUGGUACGAUCCGCUGAACAAGUUCAUGCUGCUGAAGCAGUGCGAGUGGCCGGCCACUAGCAUUCAGGGCGGCGGCUAUGGCUGCGUCCAGAACGGACACACACCCGUAUUCGAGAUGAUUAUCACGCCGGAGCUGGAGUACCCGAUUGUGUGCACGGGUGUGCGGAAGGCCAUGAACGGCUGCCUCAAGCUGGAGCUGAUCAACAUGAACAGUGCCAGCUGGUUCCACUCGGAGGACCUGGAGUAUGACGCCAUGGCCACGAUGGUGCCGCGACGCGACCUGCUGAAGGUGGUGCGCGUGCACCAGGUGGAGAAGGACGCCAUUCUGGUCUGCUACGGCAAUCUGAUGCAGGUGGUCACGCUGCAGGGCAAUCCCAAGCAGCACAAGAAGAUGGUAUCGCAGCUCAACUUUGACUUCAACGUUGACAGUAUUGUUUGUUUACCGGACAGCGUUUUGGCAUUCCAUAAGCACGGCAUGCAGGGGAAGUCGUUGCGCAACGGCGAGGUCACGCAGGAGAUCAAGGACAUGAGUCGCACCUACAGGCUGCUGGGCAGCGAUAAGGUUGUGGCCUUGGAGAGCCAGCUGCUGAGGACCGGCUCCCUGGGCAGCGAGGAGGGACACGAUCUGUACAUUCUGGCCGGGCACGAGGCUAGCUACUAAGCUAAUGGACGCCCGCUUAAUCCACUGUUAUAUUUUAAAUAUAAUCCGGUUCACCACACAAGUUUUAAGGGCCGCAGCCGCCGUCGUCGUCAACUAUUAAAUGUAAUUUAAUUACUCGUAGGCUAAGCAGUGACUCACUGAUCGUAGAGGAGUAGAGGAAUAGCGAGAGCCAGUUGCAUGUCGAGCGUUCGAUAGCUUAGAUUAGCGCAAUUUUACAGCACCUAGAAGAGGCAGCCUUCGAAGAAGAGACCCAGAUCCACACUACCAAGCACACUACUGAUGGGGACACUCGGCCCGAGUCGCUAUCUUUCGAUCCGCCGACCACUCGAUAAACUAGACGUCUUCGUCUGCGUCUACCCGAUUCCGUUGUAGCUAUAUUUUUGUAUUACAAGAAAAUGCUUUAAUUUAUACAACUAACUUUAAAGACCUACGGUAAUCGCUACGGAUAGUUAUGUUAGAGAUUUGUGUACGCGCUUCACAAAGCCAAUAGAUACGAUUCCAAAUAGUCAGUCAGCAGGAGAAUCCAAGUAAAUCUACGUUAAUACAAUACGCAAUUAUCCACACGAUUCGAGAUCCACUAAGGCAAUUAGAACUAAUAAAUAAUUCUUAGUCUUUAGCAAUUGUAAAUCGCAAUGUUUUUAGCUGGUUAAACUGCUUUCGAUUGGCUCAAGACCGCAACGGAAAUUUAAGGACGAGGGAGUGAGGGGAGGAGGGCGAUAAAGGAUGAUACGGUUUGUUGGGAAACAAAACUAGCUAGUAAUACUUUUCUAACCUAGUAACACGAAUUAACAAAAAUAAUUGCAAAUUAAUGGUCUGUAUCUGUACGUUAAACAAGUAAACUGAUUGUCAUAGUUACGGUUCUAGGCUAAGCUAAGCGAUGAAAACAGACAACUUUCCGAACAGCACCCUUCGUCGAUUGAGUUGUAAAAAUAUUCUACUAGACCUUAAGUUAUUUAGUUCAUACGACAAAGCAAAAACCGAAAAUUACAAACUAAUACGGAGAAAAACAAACGGAUAAACACACAAAAUUGUUGAACUCUAGUUUAGUGCAAAAAUAAAAAGUAUGUGAAAGAAA